AUGGGUUUUAAUUCAAGAUUUAGUAAAAGUUCUGAAGCCUCUGGAGGAUACCAGAAAAAAAUUGAACUCACAAAACGCGUAUGUGUAUCCAACGUUAUUCCUCUGGUACGAGCUUUGACCAAAAUAUAUGACGAGAUUGGCAUUCCUGAUAUAAAUGGAGAAAAUGUCAACAUCAAUUCAGCUGCUGCUGUUGAUUUUGUGUGUUCAUUGAAGAAUGAAUUAGAUCACCGUUUUUCUGAAAUUGAUAAAAAUAUAUUGUUCCAACUGGCAACAUUUUUAGACCCUUGUUACAAAGGUAAAUUCUUCAGUGACUUUGUCAUCAAAGAUAUAAAACAGAAAUUACUAACAGCUUUAGAAACUGAAGUAAGCCCCACAACAACUGCAGCUAGCACAGAAAAAUCUAAUAGUGUUAGAAAGGAGCCUUGCAACAGUUUAGAAAAGUCUAUGGCCAACAUGUUGGAUAGUGACGAUGAUGAUGGAGAACUCGAUGAUCAAAUAUCAGAUGCAAAAGCUAAUUUUCUCGCAGAAUAUGCCAGAGAGAAAAGAUUAUCAAGAGACCAAGAUCCAUUAAAGUAUUGGCAGAUUAACAGUAAAAGACUCGUUGAUCUCAGUCGCAUUGCUCGCACAUAUUUAUCGUCACCUGCAACAAGCGUACCAAGUGAGCAGUUUUUUAGUGGAGCAGGGAUUGUUUAUGAUCCUCAUUGGAAUAGACUUUUGGGGGACAAAGCUGCCAAGUUACUCUUUCUGAAGUACAACUUACCAUUACUUAAUUUUGAUUAUGAUAAAUAA